GAUGGUCAGUGUGGUGGGCAUCACUGCAUUUGGGUGCCCAUUAUACACAAUAUUCUCUGGAACAUGCCAUGAUGUAGGGGAAAGGUUGACCUGAUAAUAAUUUAUGUGCGUGAACACUCCAGUGAAGACCUAACUAUUUAAUUUCCAAUUUAGCAGCACUUUCAGCUUAAAUAGGAAAUCUUGAGUUAUCCAGAUGCUCGUAGCGGUGAGGAGGUUGGCUGAAGGUGGGGAAGAAGAGGUUAUUUUAGUAGCUUAACACGUGUUGAAUGAGAAAAGCACCUAGAAGGGGCGGGAAAGAUUAUAUGCGGAGUAGCAGUUGACAGGCAGCAAAUGGGAGGAACGCAUGAAGUGUGUUCUGCUGCCGGGCAGAAGCUGCGCCCCUCGGGGCGGGCACCUGCUCGGCCACUGCUGUGGCAGCGGCGUCCGCGGAGCCUGGUGGCGGGGCCGGCGGGAGGCGGCGGCGCCUCUGCGGGAGAGGCCGGGGGAAGCACCGCGCCGGCUCCGCCACCCCCCGGCUCCGCCACCGGCCCCCGGCUCCGUCAUCCGUCACUUCCCGCCGCCCGUGGGCGGAAGUGUCGCGGCGGGCGGGGCGGUUGCCAUGGUUCUGCGGACGGCGUCCCGCAGCGGCGGCGGUCGCGUCUGGCGCGCCGGCCAUGAGCGCCCCGCCGGCAGGGGCUGCCGGCCCGCGGCCCUGGGCCCGUCGCCUGGCCCCGAAGACGCUGGAGCUGCUGGCGCUGCCGUGUGCCUGGAGGAGCCGGAGCCCGAGCACCGAUACACAGGUUCCAAGAAUGUGAUAAAAAAAAUGGAAACUGAUGAGCAAACUGUCCAAAAGUUGAUACAAAUAGAAGAACAAAUGAAGGCAGAAAUUGAAAAUGAAAGGCCACAAGUUAAAAAGCUGCAGCGGAAGGAGAAGAGAGAAUAUACAAAGACAAAAGUUCCAAGUGUCCUGGGGGUGGCACAGAAAAAAGACCAUCCCAAGGGCUGGGGACCUUCAGACUGCGGGAAGUCUUUAGGCUCAGUCUUUUCUACCCUGCUGUGCCUCAACAGUUGGCGAAGUUCUCAGCACUGUAAGUAGAAGAAAAAUCUUCCAAUGCCAAGUGAAACUGAAAUUAUAAUGCCCAAGGAGAAAAGAGAAUUGCAAAAGCAACAUCUUACAAAACAGAAGGAAGAACUUAUGGACAAGGUAGUCUUUUAAUUAUUACAAGCUAAUACAUUUAGGUGUAUCUUUUAUAUAUAUUUAUGUACAGACCUUUUUAAAAUGUAUGGAUCUCACAGAACUACUGUGUCUUUAACAUUUUAGAUGCUAAUGUAGUGUUAGUAGUAGACAUUUAUGGAGAAACGUUAUCCCAGGACCUUGCAAAAUUUCUCAUUACAUUUCUCUCAGAGAACCAGGAAUCAUCUUCCCAGAAAGGAGAGUGGAGAUCGAAAGUCAGGCUGUGUACAAGUUGUAUGAUAUGGAUGCUAUGUGGGCACCUGCAUAGGUACUUCCAACCAAUCAUGUGCACUAGAUAUAUGCCACAGCUCCCUUCUAGUCUGUGUACCAGAUUUUCCUAGCUCUUACACUUGACAUGGGACUGAUUUGAGUCAGGGUACCCACACAAAAGCAAAUAUUAGAAAGCAUUCCUGGACCCCAAGUGUAGACAUAACUGUGAAAAUCAGAGUUAGGUCUGAAUCAGGAACUCAAUUCUUUGUUGUAAUUGCUUGACCAUAUACUUUCCACAAACUACUGGUUUUGCCAUGGAGAAUUUAUGAUUAUAGGUUUUGAGUCCUCAUCGAAUAUAAGGCAAUGACAAUUUUAACAUUGAUAGCAGUAAGAUGAGAUAAGACCUAUAUAGAUAGGACAAGGUUGCAUGUAACUAUCCACAGUGCUGUUUUUAUUAUAGCUGCCAAAAUGUUCCCUGUCACAAUCGUUAGGAAAAAAAAAAAAAUAAAGAGCCGACUUUGAACUAUUGUCUUAGGUUACAAAACCUUUCAAUUUUUAACAGGAUACUGGAAAUAUCUAACAGGCCCAAACAGGAAAACUUGUCCCAGGAAUAGCACUGUGUGUGAGCAAAACUUUGUAUUUGUUUUUGCAUAGUUGGCAAAGAAAACAAACACUGGUUUACUCACUUUCAGAUAAAAAAUGUAGUACCUGAACAGCAAGCUGCUGAAAGAUCCCAGACUGCUGAAAUGGAGAAACUGAAGAAACACAAAGGUCAAGAAAGGCAAACCACAGAAGGGUAGUGGCCAAAAUUUUUAAGAUGAGCCUUGAAGAUAUUUAAGAAGCUUCUGUGUUGAUUUAACAACUUCUCUUUACACUUUUUUUUUCUAUCUUAGAAAGGAAGCUGAGCAAAGUAAUAUAACACCAGUCCCCUCAGACAGAACACAGUGAUGGGGAGCAGAAAGAAGCCCCACUAAUCCAAGGGGAAAUAAUUAGUGACCUGCUACGCCACUUGGACACCCACAAGUCUAUGGGGCCAGAUGGGAUACACCCAAGGGUGCUGAGGGAGCUGGUGGAGGUGAUCACUGAACCACUUUCCAUUAUCUAUCAGCAAUUCUGGCUAACUGGGGAGGUCCCAGUUGACUGGAAGCUGGCAAAUGUGACAGCCAUCUACAACAAGGGCCUGAAGGAGGAUUCAGGGAACUACAGACCUGUCUGACCUUGGUACCAGGGAAGGUCAUGGAGCAGAACAUACUGAGUGACAUCACAUGGCACAUAUGAGAAAACCAUGUGACCAGGCCCCAUCAACAUGGGAUUAUAAAAGGCAGGUCCUGUUUGAGCAACCUGAUCUCCUUCUACGACAAGGUGAUUCACCAAGUAGAUGAGGGAAAGGCUGUGGAUAUUGUGUACUUAGACUUCAGCAAAGCCUUUGGUAUCCUUUCCCACAUCAUUCUCUUGGAGAAGCUGGCAGCUCGUGGUCUGGACGAGCACACUUUUCCCUGGGUAAAGAACUGACUAGAGGCCCAGGCCCAAAGAGUUGUGGUGAACGGAGCUAAAUCCAGUUAGUGGCCAGUAUUGGAGCCGGUUCUGUUUAAUCUCUUUAUUCAUCCAGUGAUCUGGAUGAAGGGAUCAAGUGCACCCUAAGUUUGCAGAUGACACCAACUUGGGUGGGCAUGUUGAUCUGCUGGAGGGUAGGAAGGCCAUACAAAAGGAUCUGGACCAGAUGGAUCAUUUGUCUGAGACCAAUUGUCUGAGGUUUAACAAAUCCAAGUGCCUUCCUGCACUUGGGUCACAAUAAACCCAUGGAGCACUACAGGCUUGGGAAGAGUGGCUGGAAAGCUGCCUGGCAGAGAGGGAUCUGGGGAUGGUGAUUGACAGGCAGCUGAGUAUGAGCCAGGAGUGUGCCUAGGUGGCCAAAAAGGCCAACAGAAUCCUGGCUUGUAUCAGGAAUAGUGUGACCAGCAGGACUAGGGAAGUGAUUGUGCCACUGUACUCAGCACUGGUGAGGCCGCACCUUGAAUCCUGUGUUUAGUUUUAGGCUGCUCAUCAUAAGAAGGACAUUGAAGUACUGAAGAGAGUGCAAAGGAGGGCGACAAAGUUGGUAAGCGGCCUGGAGCACAAGUCUGAUGAGGAGCGACUGAGAGAACUGGGGCUGUUUGUCCUGAAGAAAAGGAGGCUGAGGGGAGACCUCAUUGCUGUCUACAACUACCUGAAAGGAGACUGUGGCGUGGAGGGUGUUGGUCUCUUCUUGCAAGUAACAGGUGAUAGGACAAGAGGAAAUGGCCUCAAGUUGCACCAGGGGAAGUUUAGAUUGGAUAUAAGGAAAAAUUUAUUCACAGAAAGAGUUGUCAGGCAUUGGAACAGGCUGCCCAGGGAAGUGGUGGAGUCACCAUCCCUGGAGGUGUUUAAAAGACAUUUAGAUUAGGUUCUUAGGGACAUGGUUUAAUGCUAGAGUUAGGUUAGGUUAUGGUUGAACUCAAUGAUCCUGAGGGUCUCUUCCAACUGAAAUGAUUCUAUGAUUCCAUGAAUGUGGAAAAAGAAAUUUCAGAUUCUACAGAACAGUUUUAGUAUCAUUGCAUUGAUGUAUUGAUAAAAUACUUCAGGCCUAUAGAUUUGACAAUUUAUAUUUGUGAAAAUUAGGCAGUUAUAUACAUUAUUCUGUUACCUAGUCAUUAGCAUUUGAAAAUGUAAUAGCUAAGUUUAAAAGAUUGGAAUUAAAUAUUAAUAGACAUAAUAAUAUACUGUUAACCAGCUUGUAACUGCUAAACAUUUCAGACAGGUAAUUUUGUACAACUGUGUUAAUAGUAAUCAGAGUUCUUAAAAACAAAACUUGUUUUCUGUGAUGUUAGGCUACAUUUUUCUUUAAUGUCUUUCUUAUUGCGGUCUUAAAUGAGAUUUUAAGCUAUUAAUAUUCUUUUUUGACCUAUUUAUCUUCUUUCCUAAUGCCUCUCUUUCCCAGAAUUCUUUUUCAUCUCCUUUGUUUCAUAGUUCUUCAUUUUUUGUCACUACACUUUCUCUGUCCCAGAAUCACAGUGUUUGUUUCUAGCUUCUGUGUGAUCACAGCUCUCCUUUAUGCAUAGUGUUUUCCUUAGCCAGUUUUCUCCUCUGCUCUAUCCUUUGUCUCUUGAAUCUUCGUCUUUCUUCUCUAUAUUCUGAAACAUUUUGUCUAAAAAAUGCUGAUUGUCAAAACCCACAAAUUCCUUCUAAUCACCAAAUUUAAUGAAUUUUAGCAAAAGAGCACAGAGGCUCCCACCAAGCUCUGCUCAGUCAUGGAGACCAGCUGAGAACUGUAGUGUUUGUAGGUCACACAAUGCCAGCACAGCUCCUUGAGACUCAGCUUUCAGAUUUGCCAUGAAGCUGUGACUGAGAACCUUGGAGAAGUUAUGAAUUCCCUUGAUCUAAAGCUGGUACUAGUAUAAAUCUCACCCCUUGAAAAAGCUUUGUGCUGCUUCUUGGGCAAGUAACACUUGGACAGCCAGAUGUGCUAGAACUGCAUCUAUACUGACAAAUAAUUUUUAAUGGUGUAGAUACUCGCAUUUGUUCUUGGGCCUCAGUUCUCUCUCAACUUCAUUGUGUCUUUAUUGCUUCACUCACAUUCUUUUUUGGAAAAAAGCAACCAGUUCCUCAAGACAGCCCUGAGCAGUUCUGGUGCUGGUUUGUUCCACAUGGGCAGUACACAUGAGAUGGCAUGCCCACAGAAUCACAGAAUGUUAGGGAUAGGAAGGGACCUUGAAAGAUCAUCUAGUCCAAUCCCGCUGCCGGAGCAGGAACACCUAGAUGAGGCUACACAGGAAGGUGUCCAGGCAGGUUUUGAAUGUCUCCAGAGUAGGAGACUCCACAACCUCCCUGGGCAGCCUGUUCCAGUGUUCUGAUACCCUCACUGAGAAGAAGUUCCUUCUCAAAUGUAAGUGGAACCUCUUGUGUUCCAGUUUGAACCCAGUACCCCUUGUCCUAUCAUUGAUUGUCAUCAAGAAGAGUCUGGCUCCAUCCUUGUGACACUCACCCUUUAUAUAUCUGUAAACAUUAAUAAGAUCACCCCUCAGUCUCCUCUAAGCUAAAAAGCCCCAGCUCCCUCAGCCUUUCCUCAUAAGGGAGAUGCUCCACUCCCUUAAUCAUCUUUGUUGCCCUGCACUAGACUCUCUCCAGCAGUUCCCUGUCCUUCUGUAACUGAGGGGCCCAGAACUGGACACAAUAUUCCAGAUGUGGUCUCACCAGGGCAGAGUAGAGGGGAAGGAGGACCUCUACCACAUAACGUCAGGCCACAUCUUAGAACAUGCAAUGCAUGUAUUUGGCACCAUGCUAUAAAAACACCUCUCUCAUAGACCAGUGCUAUCUUAGGACAAAAACUACAGACUAAGAAUAUCUAAAAUCCACACAUGUGCCCCAUGGGACCGAACCUCGACCAGUAUGAAUGCAACCAGUCCACUCUGGAGGUCACUAGUACUGAUCAGAUAAACUGAAUCAGAUAAACAUUAAUUUCAAAUUUAUGGAGUCCUGAUGGAAUCUGUUUAAUCUUGUAAAUGUUGCAUUUAAUUUUUUCCAAGGUUUGUUUGUUUGUUUCAGAAUUUCAAGUGUAUUUCAAAUCCAUCUGGACUGAUACUAAAUUUUAAAGGACAAAAUUCUCCACUAAUUGCAUAUUCUACUGUUUUUCAGACAUAUCUUUUCCUGUAUUUUUUUAUCUCCACAACACCAAUCAAAGUUGUGGAAAUGCAGUAAUUCCGGUCCUACAAAUGGUGAACUCUAAUGAAGGUACCUCCAUUGCACAGCAAACGCUCUGCAUUGUACUUCAUGCUUGUUUAGUUUGAUACGAUAUCUCUAAGGUCAAUGGAGAGUUUCUCAUUAAGUUCAGUAUUCAUUGAGAUAUACCCUCAGUUAUCUUCUCAUCUAAAAAUGGUAAGAAUAGACUAUAUUGAUAACAUAAUGACAGCGUUAUCCAUGUUUUUAGUAAUAAUACAAGCCUCUGUAGAAAAACAGAGUUCUAUUAUUCUUACCAGCUCUACUUUAAUGAAUAUACACUGUGUUACCUGAAUAGAUAGGUACUGGAGGAGAGACUGUUAAGAUUAGUUGCUUAAAUAAGAGGUGAAUUUGUCAUUUUAUACAUAGCUAGUUGUUGUAUCGUCAUAGAAACAGAUUCAUUUUGAUGAAAAACCAAUUAAUGAUGACAGCAUACUUAUUUUUGCUACAUUUUUUGCUGUUUAUCAAAGAACCAGGCAAAUUAUUUUUUCAUGACAGUGUGACUAUCUGGGCAGCAGGUAUUUGCCUUGAAUUUAGCCUGAGUAUUGUUAUAAUUUUAUAGUAUAUUUUAUUAAAAAAAAAAGAAAAAAGAAACUAUAAAAUAUGUGAGCCCUCUUGUGGCCAAAAUAUCUUCUAUGUGUCUUAUGAAAUCAUCGAAGACUGUGUGACCUGGUGACUGAAGUGCCUGAAAAAUAUCUGGAGAACACUGAAUGUAAAUUUGGUUAGUACUUCUAAUGUCACUUCUCCAUCCUUCGUAACAAUUAAAUCAAUUUAAAGUUUCCCUUACAUCUUUCUUAAUUUACUGUUUGUAGUUAAAAUUCUCAUGGAGUUCUGAGUUUGUAACCAGACAUAGACAGUGCAAAGAACUUGAAGAUUUCUAAAAACUUUGUUCAUUCUGAUAUAAAUGCUGUGAAAGGUGCUGGGUAAUGUAAAAUAGUUUUUGUGAAGAUCUUUUUAUGAUACAGGGGUUUUUCUACUUAAAACUCUUCAUGCAAUGAUCAAUGAUUUGAGUCAUAGGGCAGAACAUGACUAUCAGACACAGUUGUCUUUCAGUUAUUACUGAACAGGAGCUGAACUCCAAUGGUGAUUUUGAGGCAUAAAAUACUAUAUGUCAUUGUCACUUACCACUCCUUCCUCACAUAUUCAAGGGAAAAUAAGCCAAGCCAUCCAAACUACAUGUUGUUAUUUAACAAAAUGUUUAUCACCUGAUACAAUAUUUUUCAUCUUUCUUAAAGUUCUUGUGCUUCUCUUCAUUAAAAAGGUCCGUUUGUCUAGUGUAAUACCUUUGUGAAGAAAGAUGAAAAAAUUUUACAGCUGUUCAAAUUACCUCAUGAACUGGACCUUGAUAAAUUAGGUAGCGGUUUUCAUUGAUUAGAUAAAAUAUCAGCACUCUGUGGUUAAAGUUAUAGUAAAUUUACAGACAGGAAAAGGAUGGUAUUUAAAAUUCAAAGUGUCCGUUCUCCUCCUAACAGAUUUUUCCACUUCAUAAGGUCUGUUACUUCACUCAUACAUUUAAUGUAAUAUAUUAAUCUCAUUUUAAUGUAUAAGUGUCCCAUGGAUUGCUGAACUCUUACUGGUUACUUGUUCUAAUUUUGUUGAUCAAUGGUAUUUGCUUGAUUAUUUCCCCUGAAGCUUGGAAAAUACAUUAAAAAUGUACAUUUUUUGUAACUAGCUAUUUUAAAGUUGUGCUGGAGAGUAUUAAUUACAAUAUACUAACCUUCUUCUGUAUCUCAAUGUUUGUGGUACUUGUGUAGAAUUAUUUAUUUAAGACACAGAUACAUAUAUGUAUCUUAAAGAAAUACAAACUAUCAACGCAUAUAUUUGUAUUUUUCACGUUUAAUCUGGUCUUUCAUUUUUGUUUUAUGCUAUUUUUCUUAGUGUUUGCCACAAUGUUUUCCGUAAUAUGGAACCAGAUUAAAGUUGGAGUGUGUUUGUUAA